AUGAAGUAUUCCAUGCUCUCUGCUGUAGCCGUUCUCGCGGCAACCUCUCUAGGUUUCCCAGAAUUCUACUGGGGGAGCCGAUCCAGCCCUGGCCGCAUCUCCAUCACGAAUAAUAUGAAUACGCCCGUCCAGCUGGAUAAAGUAACAGGAAAGUCACUCGCCAACGGGAUCAAAGUAUCCCGCGACCAAGAGACCGUCAUUCCUGCCCAUGAAACACUCCAAAUUCAGGCCAUUGACCAAUCCGCCGACCUGAAGCUCCGUGUGAAAGGAGCAACUCACAAUCAGGUGGAAGUGAGCUAUACUAGUGGUAACCAAGGCACGUAUAACUACGCCAUCAAGCCGAUUGAAGGCGGCGGGUUUCCCGGAGUCGUCCGCGUUGAGCCUGAUCGUCUUCAAUGCCGUCCUGAAAGGUGGUUGCCUGGACAUCCAGCGACGCCGCAAGUUACGUGCAGGGACGGCGUCGAACUCAGGGUUUACCUGGAGGGACCGUAUCCACGGGUAUUUGAAGCUGAAUAUGAUGAUGAAUAUUAUGAUGGGUGGUAUUAA